AUGGCAACGUAUGAAUCAUUUUCCGAUGAUUAUCCUGAUUGCCAAUUCUACGGCAUCGACAUAGAACCACGCACGCCAGACACGGUUUAUCCCCACAACUGCAUUUUUGAGAGAGGGGAUUUCUUGAAGUCGUUACCGUAUCCCGACAACACCUUCGAUUUGCUCCACGUCAGAGUAACACUUCUCUGGCUCGACUCCGACAGCUUCAAGAAUCUCCUCAAGGAAGCCGCCAGAGUUACCAAAAGGGGUGGCUUCAUAGAGUUUCUGGAGCAAGACCUGGAGACGACUAAUACCGGUCCUAUCCUGACCUCUUACGUCGAUGCUUGGAGAGAAAUUCAAAGAUCGAAAAAUAUCGAUGGAAAUCUAAUGAGCAAUAUGGAGACCUUGUUGGCAGAGCAAGGAUUUGGGAACAUAAAAAUUGAUAACUGCCAUAUCCCAAUAGGAAAAUGGGCUGGACAUGUUGGGGAAUUUUUCUUGUCGGCAUUCAAGUUAUUCGUCCUACACACAGCUUCUCUCACUUACGAAAGAAUGAAUCUUCGAAAUGAGGAUGACUGCGCCCAGUUGGUUCAAGAACUCAGUGCCGAAUGUGAACAAUAUAUGCCCCGUGCUAGCGUCUACUUUGGUUUCGCUCAAAAAUUGUGA